CCUGGCCCGCCCCGCGGCGCAUUGUGGGAUCUGUCUGACAACGGAGGGCAGCGCUCGCGGUCAUGGGGCUCCAGCCGAGCUCAGUCCUGCUAGCCUCUCUGGGGGUGGGGCUGCUUACUCUGCUGGGCCUGGCUCUGGGUACCUACCUGGUUCGAAAGUCCCGCCGGCCCCGAGUUACUCUGCUGGACCCCGAUGAGAAGUACCCGCUGCGACUCCUGGACAAGACAACUGUGAGCCACAACACCAGGAGGUUCCGCUUUGCCCUGCCCACCGCCCAGCACAUUCUGGGGCUGCCCGUGGGCAAACAUGUUUACCUCUCCGCCCGAAUUGAUGGUAGCCUUGUCAUCAGGCCAUACACUCCUGUCACCAGUGAUGAAGACCAUGGCUAUGUUGAUCUUGUCAUCAAGGUCUACCUGAAGGGUGUGCACCCCAAAUUUCCUGAGGGAGGGAAGAUGUCUCAGUACCUGGAUAGCCUGAAGAUUGGGGAUGUGGUGGAGUUCCGAGGGCCAAGUGGGUUGCUUGCUUACACUGGGAAAGGGACUUUCAACAUUCAGCCCAACAAGAAAUCUCCACCAGAACAGAGAGUGGCAAAGAAACUGGGAAUGAUUGCUGGGGGCACAGGAAUUACCCCAAUGCUGCAGCUGAUCCGGGCAAUCCUGAAAGUCCCUGAUGAUCCUACCCAAUGCUUUCUACUUUUUGCCAACCAGACUGAAAAAGACAUCAUCCUACGGGAGGACCUAGAGGAAUUGCAGGCCCAGUAUCCCAGUCGCUUUAAGCUCUGGUUCACUCUGGACCUUCCCCCAGCAGAUUGGGCCUACGGCAAGGGCUUUGUGACCGCCGACAUGAUCCGCGAGCACCUGCCCGCCCCCUCAGAUGACGUGCUGCUGCUGCUCUGUGGGCCACCACCGAUGGUGCAGCUGGCCUGCCAUCCCAACUUGGACAAGCUGGGCUACUCACAAAAGAUGCGGUUCACCUACUGAACAUCUCCCAGCCUCCCUGGUCUCAUGUGUGCAGUGUUCCCAGUGAGUUCUCAAACACUGUAAGUCCUAGAUGCCUCUCCUGAGAACAUCAGCCUUUUGUGUCUGGAGCUGAACAAUGGAUGGUGCCUGAAGCAACUGUACUCCUGGAGCCAUGGACUAGGAAGUCCAAGGCUGAAUUGCUCCCUGAAAGCCUCCCCAAUUCACCCCAGGAAAGGUCCAGGUGAGGCCUUUAGAGUCCCUGGGUCGGGAUGAAAGGAGCCAUGGCGCGUUUGUUCUAAGCCUGGCUGAUUCUUUGAGGACAUCAUACUCUCGCCUUCUUUGUGUCUGUGAUAAAAGGGAUAGACUGUGCAGUGCAUUUUACUCAAUAUUCAUCCUUAGCCUGUGGGAAAGUCUUACUUAUGUGAGUGCAAGUUGAGUGGACUUGUAGACAUAAUCGUAUAGAAACAGAAGGAAAGAGAAUUUAUUUUUCCAGAACUCUGAUUUCAAAGUAAAGAGUCUGAAAUACAUAUUUGUGUCUUUGUCUCUCAGCCUGUGUGCCCCAGCUGAAGAAAAUAGCUACCUACAAUCUAAAACUGUUGCUUAUAUGAGGAGUUUGGCUGUUCAAAUAAAUGGACUGAAGCCUU